GUCUUAUCCUAUCUCAAUUAGCAAACGAUAUGGUUUGGAGAAAUAAAAGGGUUCAGAAACAUAUCUGCCAAACGCACCCUUAAUUCGGAACCUGAACUCGGCGUUGUUCCCGUGCAACUCGCCCCACGCUCCCAAUCCUGCACCUUCGCGAUCUCGGCGAGUUAAGGUUUCAGAAUUCAGUCCCCAAUUCGACAUCGCAUUUCAAUGGCGUCAGACGACCACCUUGAUGUCGAAGAUGAUUUUGGAGGUGAUUUUGCAGGAGGAAGUGCUUCAAGGCGUUCAGGCAAUAAGAGAAGCUUCGCUGACCUUGAUGAUGAUGAAGAUGAUAUCUUUGGGUCAAAGAAGGUUUCUUUUGCUUCUGCUCCUGCUUUGGAAGUCUUCUUGUUUGUUACUUUUGUAGUUUACUGUCAGAUUGAUGUCCUGAAGUUGUUCAUGAGCGGCCCUCUGAUGGCAAAAUUGUUGAAACAGAUUGAAUUAAACAUGUGCAACGCUGAAUAUUUGGGCUUCCAUAAAUCAUUAAAUUUUUCCUUCUGCUGGCAAUAUGGUUCUUAUAAGGUUAACCAGAAAAUAGAGGAGACUGCACCAGGAGUGGCAACUGGGAUGAUCUUAUCUCUUCGUGAGAGCCUCAAGAACUGUCAAGAUGAACUCUCAAGAUGCCAGACGAAACUUGAAGAUGCUAAGUCUGAGAUUCAGAAGUGGCAUUUUGCUUUCCAGAAUGAAUCCUUCAUUCCCCAAGGCGCAACUCCCGAACCAAAAUUCGUAGUCAACUAUCUCCAGACUCUGAGGUCUUCUGAGGAGUCCCUCCGUGAGCAACUUGAGAAAGCAAAGAAAAAAGAAGCGGUUUUCAUUGUGACAUUUGCCAAACGGGAGCAGGAGAUUGCUGAGUUGAAGUCUGCUCUUCGAGAUUUGAGAACUCAGUUAAAGCCACCAUCAAUGCAGGCGAGGAGACUGUUGCUAGAUCCAGCUAUCCAUGAAGAGUUCACAAGAUUAAAGAAUUUGGUGGAAGAGAAGGAUAAGAAAGUUAAAGAGCUGCAAGAUAAUAUAGCUGCCGUCAGUUUUACCCCACAAAGUAAGAUGGGAAAGAUGUUAAUGGCAAAAUGCAGGACGCUGCAGGAAGAGAAUGAGGAAAUUGGUAAUCAAGCCAAUGAAGGAAAGAUGCAUGAGCUGGCAAUGAAACUUGCUUCACAAAAAUCUCAAAACACUGAGCUCAGGAGCCAAUUGGAAGGAAUAUGCAAACAAAUGGAGAAACUGACGGGCGAUGUUGAUAGAUCAAAUGAGUUGGUGGUUAUCUUGCAAGAGAAACUAGAAGCAAAGGAAGAUGAAAUCCAGAGAUUGAAAAACAAGCUUCGAGGGAAUGCCAUGGGAGAGGAGCAAAAUGAGUUAGAUACUGAUAUGAAUGCUAAUGAUGAUAAUGGACUGAAUCCUGUUGAAGUGCAAACUGAAAAUUAGUUGUGGGACUGUUUUGCAUUUAGAACUUCAUUUUCAUUUUUUCCAUAUUUCUUUUUUCUUCUCUCUCUUUUAUUUUCUUCCUUUUUUGUUCUUUGGGGAAAAUUAUUUUGUUUAAUUGGCAAUUUUAGAGCUACUACCUUUAAUUAUUACACUUGAUCAAGUAGUUUAUUCUGGGNCCCUUUAAUGAUAAUCUAUUACUAC